AUGGAAAUGAUAUUUGAAAGCUACAACUGCAGUGACAAGCAGAAAACCGUCUUUGCAAUCAGACAACUAAAGACAGGAGUUUUAAGUCGGUGGGAGUUAUUGGAAGAUACAAUUCCACGAAGAGAAGCCCUGAGGAUGUCUCGAGAAGCAUUCAUGGAGCAGUUGAAAUUGCAGUACUGCUUGGAAGUAGAUCUGAUAGACCUAAACAAUGAGUUUCAUAACCUAAAGAAACGGAAGAUGAGUGUUGAUGAUAGUGACACUGCAUCCACCGAGAGGAUGAAGUUAUUCCCCUACUUGGUGCCUACUAAACUCUCCAAGAUAGAGAAGUUUGCUAACAGAUUGCCAUCGGACUUUGGCCAAACAGUCAAAAUGGCAACCACUUUGAAGAUAGCUGUUAGAGCAGCUAAGAAUGUUAAGACCCAAUUAAGGGAGAAGGGUGUAGAGAGAGCUAAGGUGACAUGUUUUAAGUGCGGGAAUAUUGGGCAUUACACCAAUCGGUGCAUAUCCAACAAGAGGAUGUGUUAUGGAGGCAAUGAAGAAGGGCAUAUUUCUAAGGACUACGAAAAGAAGAAAGAGGUAGCAAGGCCAAAUGUUCCACCAAGGCCAAAGGAAAGAGCAUUCCAGAUGACCCUGGAAGCUGAAAGGGAUGAAGAAAAUGUCGCUUCAGUUGUAGAAGUUGCCAGUGGCGAAUUCAUACAUGUUAGCAAUUGCAUUAAAAACAUCAUCAUCAACUUGAACGGGAAUAAAUUCCAUGAGGAACUGUUACCCAUUAAGUUGAACGUAUUCGACAUCAUAUUAGGAAUAUAUUGGCUUAGUGUGAACGAUGACGAGAUACUUUGCAGGAAGAAGAUGGUGAGAGUAAACCCAGCUGAAAAAGAGUCGUUUAUGGUAUACGGGGACAAAUGUAGAGUGAAUUCUGGAAUCAUUUCCAUGAUGAAAGCCAAAAAAAGAUCAAGCAAAGGGGAGGAAGCUUACAAGAAGAGUAUGUUGAAUCUUAUCGCGAAGAUGGAUUUCAACCGCAUGGUUCUAAGAUUGGAUUUUUGA